AUGGCUGCUGUUCGUCAGAUGGCCGUGGAGGCCUCUGGGUUCCACCUCAUGUCCUCUGCUAUGGAGGAGUUCCCCCAGCAGCUGCCCGUGCCCAAGGGCCCGACGAGGGGCAAGAGUCGCACCCGCCGACCGCGCGAAGCUCGCUUCAAGACACAGCCCGUCACUUUUGCGGAGAUAGCAGAAGUAGAAGAAGAAGGCUCCUCGCCCCUGGAGGAGGAGAGGGCGCGGCGCUCCUUCCUUCAGUCCCUGGAGAACUUACGGCGAAGCACGCAGACCCUCCACGGAUCGCCAGCUGCACACCACAGCUCUACCUCCACCUCCACGCAAACCAGCCUGGACUCCAGCGACUCCGACUCCACUCAGUGAGCGCUGGAGCUGGCAGGCUGAGGCGGGCUGAAGCAGACUGAAGCAGACUGAAGCGGGCUGAACCAGACUGAAGCAGACUGAAGCGGGCUGAACCAGACUGAAGCGGGCUGAACCAGACUGAAGCAGACUGAAGCAGACUGAAGCGGGCUGAACCAGACUGAAGCGGGCUGAAGCAGACGGGCUUCGUGUGGAGGCUGCUGCUCUUUAGUCAGCAAAUAGUAGUAGUUCAGCCAGCGGCUGGCUGUGCUGCUGUACAGGUGAGGGCAGCGGCGAACACCCCACCCUUCACACGUGUUUUGUUCUAGAUGUUUAGGAGAGAAACUUGAACGAUGGCUGAUAGUCCAUGUUAAAGGUGUGUAGAUAUGUUUGUUUCAGUCCAGACCUUCCUACUUGACCAUCACCAUCCAAGGAAGCAUUGAGGUGUCAGUGUGACUCUGAGCCUAAAGAACGUACUGGUGAACGUAACGGUUAUUGCUGUGUAUCAUAGUUCUUGGAGUCCAGCUUCACGCUGAAUUAAAUCUCUGCACUUGCUUCAUUUCUAAAUGUCCUAUUUAAUUUAUUUGUUCAAAGCUAAUUGAACAGAUAGAUGUGAUGUUGUUUAACUUUUAAAGUCACCUUGACUUUCAAAGAAAAUCAUAACCUUUAUACAUAUAUAAUAUAAUAUAAUAUAUAUAUAGUGCGACUAUAUAUUUCAGUGUUUAUAUAAACUUCAAUAAAUAUUUUGUUGAGUA